AUGCACAUCGCCUCCAGUGAUCCAGGCCAGCUUCAGUCAUCCAUAGGCCAAGGAGCCUUGCACGAACCUCUCAAUGAACCUAACAGCGCAGACCUGGCUCCAAAGCAGUUUAUCUGUACCUUCUGCCUAGAAUUAGGCAUGCAGAAGAUCAUCAAGACAAAGCAAGAUUGGAAGCGCCACGAGGAGGAUUAUCAUGAUGGGACCGGUCUUCAAUGGAUAUGCCAGGUCAGAGGCUGCGCUGAAGUGUUCUCCCGCGGUCUUGACUUCAGAAAUCACCUCAAGAAAGGCCACGAAGGCAAGAAAUUUCCCCGUGACUGCAAAGAGGUUCGGCAAUUACCUCGUAUCUACGCAUGUGGCUUCGAGAACUGUAGAGGCGGGCUCUUGAAAACCUGGAAACAUCAUUGCGACCAUGUUGCUACGCACAUGGUCGAAGGCGACACGUCUUGGACAUACAACAGAACCAUCCGAAAUCUCCUUAAACAUCGCGACAUAUCAGCCCACUGGAAACAGGUAUACGGCAUCCUAUGCCCUCAACUGCACAUCCUUCACAGCAAUCUUACGUGGGACGCUCAAACAACAAGCACGAUGAGAGCGCAACUGGAGACCCACAACUUCGGAGGCCGCUUGGAAGACUUCUUGCUUAAACUCUUCCAUAGCGGACUUCCUUCGGCACAAGCAAAUGCUUUCGCCAACAUGAUGCCAUCUUCUGGAUUGGCUUCUCCGCUUUUGUACAGCGCACCACCAAUCAUCCCUCCAAUACUACCUUCGCCUAUGGACUUUGGUUUCGACCCCUCAUUCGGAAGUCACAGUGCUCACCAGACUGUGACGGGACCUACAAGCAACGGUAUGGUGGCAUCGGCGCCGAACAACCGGAACAGCGUUACCAUGGCCGAUGCACCGCCCCUUUUUGAACCCGACACCUUCAACGCUUGUUUGGACGAUCCUUUCAAGGAGAUUCCCCAAAUGGCUAACGAGCUGAUCUCUCUUCCAAAUUUCAUCGCGGAGACUUCCCCGGACUAUGAUGCCUACCUACCAGAAGUUGAAGACCAUACAGCUGUGCAAGACAAUAACAGGUCUCACUCCCCUCGCGCUCUCGCGGCUAAGACUAGGGGAUGGCUUGCAUCAAAGAAAUCGCAACACUUCCAGCAUAUGACCAUUGAACACCCCGAUGUUCCCCGGAAUGUGCGCCUUCCCAACAGCUCAUCCCGCAAGAGGUGCACCACAACUGUGCAUCGAGUACGAAACGACCAGACCUGA